CGUCCGUACUCGCAAUCGGCCAUUUUGUGAGUGUGUGCUGGAUCGGGAUAUUUGUGUUACGAAGCUUUUCCAGUAAAACCGAAUGAUUUAGUUUACGGGACGGACUCGCUUUACUUUUAUUACAUGUGCUAAGAGUGCGGGCUAUCCGUAGACUUCAUACGUAGAUUUGUACGAUGGAGGAAAAGGCGUCGUUGAAGGAACUCGAUCAGUGGAUAGAACAAUUAAAUAACUGCCAACAACUAACAGAAAGCCAAGUAAAAUCUCUGUGCGAGAAGGCAAAAGAAAUUUUAGCUAAAGAAUCUAAUGUACAAGAAGUAAAAUGUCCUGUAACGGUAUGUGGAGAUGUACAUGGACAAUUCCAUGAUUUAAUGGAAUUGUUCAGAAUAGGAGGCAAGUCUCCAGAUACAAAUUACCUUUUUAUGGGUGACUAUGUAGACCGUGGUUAUUAUUCUGUUGAAACUGUUACCUUACUUGUUGCGCUCAAGGUCAGAUAUAGAGAAAGAAUAACUAUUUUAAGAGGUAAUCAUGAAUCAAGGCAAAUCACACAGGUAUAUGGGUUUUAUGACGAAUGUUUACGUAAAUAUGGCAAUGCUAAUGUAUGGAAGUUCUUCACGGAUCUAUUUGAUUAUUUACCAUUAACUGCUCUGGUAGAUGGUCAAAUAUUUUGUUUACAUGGUGGUUUAUCACCUUCGAUCGAUACUUUAGAUCAUAUACGUGCUCUAGACCGUCUUCAAGAAGUACCACACGAAGGACCCAUGUGUGAUCUUUUGUGGUCAGAUCCAGAUGACAGAGGAGGAUGGGGUAUUUCUCCUCGAGGAGCAGGGUAUACUUUCGGACAAGAUAUUUCAGAAACUUUUAAUCAUUCUAAUGGCCUGACAUUAGUAUCACGAGCACAUCAAUUAGUUAUGGAGGGUUAUAAUUGGUGUCAUGAUCGUAAUGUUGUAACAAUAUUCUCAGCUCCCAAUUACUGCUAUCGUUGUGGAAAUCAAGCUGCAAUUAUGGAAUUAGAUGAUGCUUUAAAAUAUUCAUUCCUUCAAUUUGAUCCGGCUCCAAGGCGCGGUGAGCCGCAUGUUACUAGGCGGACACCAGAUUAUUUCUUGUAAACAAUCGAAACCCCUGAGUUAUCUAUUAAGGUAGGGGUACAGAAAUGAUUCAGGCUUCAUAGCAAUGCCACUGAACAUAAUUUAUGAUAAAACAUCAAUAAAGUGUGAGGCUACAGCUAUCCUUACACAUUACAUUAUAGUCUCAAGUAUUAUAUCAUGACUCUUUGUGGUGUCUUGUUGAGAGAUGGCACACAACCGAGUAUUUUGCGUGUGUCCCACACCAUUCAUGUAGACACAACAUUAAAUGUAUACAAAUAGAAAAAAAAACAACAAACAAUAAUGUACACACGUACCAAUUAAAAUUCACGUAUCACAUUGAGUUCUACAACUUUCAUUGUAUUGCUUGUAUUUUUAUUAUCAAGAAACAAAACAGAAGAAAUGAACAUAAUAAGUAGUGCGAAUAAAAAACUGUGCAUGGUAUUGUUUGAAACCUUGAAGAAAUAUUAAUUUAUUGAAAAACUGUUUAUACGAGCAAAAUUAUUUGUUGCGUGUACUGAAUAGAAAUAAUGUUGUUUAAGGUUUCAAAAAGUGUACCAAAAUAAUAAUAGUCUAUAUUUAAGAGAGUGUCACAUAAUUGCUAGUGUGAAUGGAGCAUGAAAUGUUCCACUUGAAGGAAAUAUACAAAGGGUUGAUGCAACAGUAAAUUUGGCAUAUACAAAUCGUGCCAUAUAAACAAUUAAAUAAAUUCUCUAGUGAAUUUUGUUAAUGAUUGUAACAUAGCAUUAUACGUAUUAAUUAAUCACAAUUGUCGCAGUCAAUAAUUUUGCUUAUAGUAUUGACAUUGUUUUAUUAAGUAAAUCAAAAUAUAAUUUGUACAAGUCUUUAUUUUUAUAAUUAUCUUACAAAAUAAUUUAGUGCAAGUCCAUCAGUCAUGUUUAUUCCAUAGCAUUUAUUUUAUUUUAGUUACGCUCAUUGCUGUUUUUAUUUUUCAAACCUGCUUGCCUAAAUAUAAUUUUUAAAUAUUAAUAUUAAAUACAAAUAUCGUCGGUUAUCUCAUGUUUUAUAAUUUAAGGAUUAAAAAAACUUUUGCAUCAAUCCUGUCAAGACUUCCUAAGUGAAACACACACUUUAUACUGAAUGAAUUCAUGCAUUCACAAUCAUUAAAUUGAAAGUUAAUUGCUUAUGAACCUACCGACAACUUUUUUACUAAUUAAUAGAUAUAAAAUAAUGCUUCUGGUAAAUAAACAUGUGUAAUGCAAGUUUAAUGAAUUUAAUGUGUUGUCAAAUCAUUCAUACUCGUCAAUACACAAGCAUUGUAUACAUGAGCAUUGAAUGUAUUCACGGAAUACAUAAUUCAUAGAAUUAAACAUGUAAUUUGAACAUAUGCAUAAUGAAACGAUACAGUAGUAACAAUAAAGAGAAAAAAAAAAAAACGAAAAAUGUAUAGGUGCACACUAUAGCAAUUUACUAAGACUGUAAAUGUAAAAGAAAAUAGCACAGAAACCAUAACAUUGUGGAUACAGUAACUUUAUCUGCAUUGAUGCAGGGCUAAGCAUUUUUUCAUUUUUGUUUUAUAUAUUAUAUAUUACAUAUAUUUUCUGGGUUAUAAAAGAAAUAAAGGUAAAAUUUCCUAUAUAUAGAAAAAAAAUUAUGGUAUUAUAUCAACAGAUGAAGCAGAUUGAGUUAAUUAAAAGUAUAUCUUUUAGUAAAAUCAGUAAUAGAUCUUAGAGCUUGUAUAGUUAAUUUUGUAUUUGCUCUAUUUAUUUUCUUUUUAAAGUAUUUCAUAUAAGACAAAUUUCAAUAUCAAAUAAACUCUUAUAUGUUAUUAAUUCUUAAAGAUUCAAUACUUUAAAACAUUAUUAUUUCUUUAUUUGUCAAAUUUUACUUUAGAUAAUGUGAUAAAAACACUUAUUUUUAAGUGUAAAAGUCAUAAAUCCGGUUAUUUCUGUUUCACCUUAAUUUUGGUAUUGAAUGUCAAUAUUUUAUGUACUUACAUGCAGAUUUUUACAAAGUGAUCAUAGAUUAAACUAAGCUAAAAAUGAGUAUGCUUUUAUCAAAAGCUGAUUGAUCACCGAUGCACACGCAGAAAUUCAAAUUAAAACAAAACGCUUCAAACUUAUCUGUUAUGUAUAUAAAUUCAGGGCAAAACAAUCAGUUUAUAGCUGUAUAUAAUUAUUAUAUAUCACAUACAGACUACAUUGUAUAUAUCAAUUUGAAGUAAUAUCUUUUACAAUAUUUUUUGGAACAUUUUAUAUCAAUCAUAAAAAAUACUUCAAGCAAUUGCAAGUUAUGUGUGUGCACUUGGUUUUUAUCUUUCGGCAUGCGUCCCUGGUUUUAGAUUUUGUGUAUCUUGAACACAUUAAGUUACAAAUUUUAAACUGGCUUGCUGAAGCAAAGUAAACAGUAUGCCUUGAACUGAUAUUAUGUCGUCUCAUUAUAAACAGAAGCUAGAUAAAUAAAGAAAUGUUAUCAUAUUUA